AUGGCAACAACACAAGCGGCAUACGGAGCUGAGAAGAUUGUCGGUCACGAUGGCAGCUCGAUUACCGCGCAAGACAUCACCCAUCCAAAUGGGGAGACAGGGAAGGACGAAACGAUGAAGGCCUUAUGUUGGAUGGGAAAGAAUAACGUUCAAGUCCUCGAUGUCCCACGACCGAAGAUCAUCGAACCACAAGACGUGAUCCUCAAAGUCACCGGCAGCACUGUCUGCGGCAGCGAUUUACAUCUAUACCACGGAUCCGUUAUCCAACUAAACAAAGGCGACAUCCUCGGCCACGAAUUCUGCGGCAUCGUCGACGAAAUCGGAUCUUCCAUUACCAAAGUCCGAAAAGGCAAGCGAUACGUCGCAUCCUUCCAAAUCGCCUGCGGCUCCUGCUUCUUCUGCAACCAAAAGCUGUCCUCGCAAUGCGAGAAGACGAACUCGAAUACCACCGAGCGCGCUAUGUACGGCGGCCAGACUGCAGGAAUGUUCGGCUACUCGCAUUUCUCGGGCGGGUUUGCCGGCGGGCAGGCCGAGUACGUGCGUGUGCCGCUGGGGGAUGUGAAUUUACUUGAGAUACCCGAUGAUGUGCCCGACGAGAAGGCGCUGUAUCUCAGUGAUGUCCUGGCGACGAGUUAUAACGCCGUGCACGAUACGGCCGUGUACCCCGGCGACCAAGUCGCCAUAUUCGGGGCCGGGCCGAUUGGGCAGAUGGCGGGGAUCUUUGCCGUUAAGGCUGGGGCUAGCAAGAUCAUUUUCGUCGAUACGGAGCCGAGACUGAGCUUUAUUGAUGAUCAUUGGCCUAAGGCUCAUGCGGAUAAGCUGAAGCUUGUUGACUAUAAGAAGUUGUCGUUUGGGGUGACGAAUAAGCCUACUGUUGUUUCGAAGUUGAAGGAUUUGUGCGGUGGGAGGGGUCCGGAUGCUGCUAUUGAGUGUGCCGCAGGAGAGUAUGCCAAGGGUUGGAUGCACUGGCUUGAGAUAUCGCUUGGUGCGGAAACGGACACGAGCGAAAUCGUUAAUGAGAUGAUCGAAGGUGUUCGAGCCUUUGGCCGGUGUGGUGUUACUGGAAUUUACGUCGGUUAUACCAACCACUUCAACAUCGGAUCGCUUAUGGAGAGAGGUAUUCGGCUUAUUGGCAACGGUCAAGCGCCCGUACACAAAUACUGGGAGGAACUAUUAAAGAUGAUACAAAGUGGCGAGCUUGACCCCUUACAAAUGGUCUCACAUCGUGUUCAUGUUGAGGAUUUGGCACAGGUAUACCCCAUGUUCGAGGAGCAUGUCGAUAUGAUGCAGAAGGUGUUCGUCGAGACCAAGUUCUCGUUACCGGCGUGUGAGGGUUCCCCUGUAUUGACGAGAUAUUGA